GAAGCCUUCUAGCUUUCAAGGUCUCCCUUUAAAAGGACCGGCCGAUUCUCCUAAUGCUUAAACGGCAUUUGGAAGCUUCGUCUUUGAACGCCCAAACAUACUUCUCUUCCCUCUUAUUGAUUAAUAUUGACACCAUUUAAGAUAUCAACUACUACUACUCCCUUGGUUUAUCUUUUGUUACUCAAAUCCUCAAAUCUUUCAACAAGCCAACAACCAACACAAGCUUACUAGUACUCGAGUCAAGUCUCUUCGAGAUAUUACUAUCAAACAUUAGUUCAUCCACAUUGAAAUUACAUCACGACUCAUUCUAGAAAUUAGUUCAUGGGCCCGUUACCUUUUGGUGAUUUACGAUCCGGUUCCCUUGAAACCGACCUACUUCACACCCAUUGAUGGGCACAUAAACGCGACAAUUUCUCCUUCUGAGACCAAUCUUUAACAGCAUUGAUCUUCACUCUUCACAUCUUCACCAUGUUCGAGAAUUUUACUUUCGGUGCAGCUCCAGUCAAUUUUGAUCAAUGCGACGAUGUGCAACCAUCGCCAAGGGACGACUCAUUUCCUGUAUCAUUAUCACCUGCCGACAGCUCAUAUCCCUUCUUCGAGAGCUGCGAUCCCUCGUCGCCGCUUGAUGAUAUCAUCCAUCAGUUUCGAAAACAAUCUAUUUCCUACGAAGAUGCAAGAGAUCUACAGGCUCGGCAAUGUACAUCUCCAACGCCUUCUUUAUCAGAAGAUUCGGAAAUGUCUUCUCCAUCCAACUCCACACGAUCUGUACCAACUACGCCUACUUCCCCUUACCGUGCUGGAGUAUUAGCCUGUCGGAGGCUACAACGCCAAGUUAAUAUGCAGCUACAAUGUUCCACCUCUCACGUUCGCGAUAUCAGUACAUUAGUCGAAGAUAUGCUGAACAAUAAUUCUCAAUGCAAUUUGCGCAAGUCGCCAUCAAAACCCAGCCUUAUACCUUCGCCCAUCUCGGCUCUGGCAGUCGACUCUAGUACCCAAAAUGAUUGGAAUGAUAUUGAGAUUGAGAAGGCGAGAAGAAGAUGGUUGAAUACCGUCGUUAAUGACGUUGACAAGGCAUACAUGGAAGAAGACAGCUGGGACAGGGAAGAAUAUUCUUUGUCACUCAGGAGAGCAAGUACGCCUAGCGGAAUUAGGAAGCAAGGCUUGAGGUGCAGAACAAGCAUGGAAAGUGUAGGAGGGGGUAGAAUGAAGGUUGCUAAGGUACCAAGAAUGAGGACAAGAAAGGGAAAGACCGGAAGAGUGACUGAGUAGUGGCGUUUUAUACCCUGGGAUAUUUCGGAAGUGUUUGAGGAUUACCGUGAAUUUCAUCGAGGUUCAACUUCUAGGUUUUAGGAUUGGCGUUUGAGGGACAGGACAGGACAGGACAGGAUGGGAUGGGAUGAAUACAUGGCUAAGCCCCACGGCUACUUAUUACUCUAGGGAAAGGAUUGGAAUUCGGAUUGGUCUAAGAAUUAGGUGGAUGGCCCAGACAUCUUUCCUUACUCGCCUUGCUGGUCUGGGUUUCCUCAAACAUAUACCCCGGGAUUUUGGAAACAGUGAGAACACUGUUUAGAUGGUGUAUGUUACGGAGUAGACUAUAUAUCUACCGUACGAACAAUUUUCAGAUUUUAACAUUUGUAAUUUGGUGCAGUUAGCACAAGCUAAUGAAUGAAACUUUUUUAUA